AUGGCCGAGGCCACCGAGACCGGGAAGGCCACUGCAAGUGAGGAAGCGGAAGGGGCCCCCAAGGCAAAGGAGGGUGCGGAGGGUGGGGGUGAGGCAAAUGGGGCAACACGUGAGGGCACGCUGCGGGCGCGGCCCAUGCCCCGGCCAAAGCCCUGGGAAAGGUGCUUCGAGGUCUUUGCCACAGCGGCGACCGGAGUCAUCUUCAUUCUGAAGCUUCUAGAUCCCGUGUGGAUCUUCAUCACCUCGUGUGCCCUGGUCUGGAUCGGCUGGUGUGGGUUUCAGUUCUGCCGGUACGGGUCUGGGAUUCUCUUCCUGUGGGGAAUUCGUGUUGACCAGCCCAAUCUACGGAAGAGCUUCCUCCUUCCGAGCCUCUUCGCUGUCUUUGCUCUUGUCUUCAUCUGCGUGGGUGCUGCUGUUGAAGGCCGUGAGAUCAGAUUCGACAACUGGCACUUGUGGCUCAUCUUUUUUCUGUACCCCUUCUAUGGCGUCUUGCAGCACGUGAUGCUGCAAUCCUUCCUCAUGCGAAACCUGAGCUGGUGCAUCACGGGCAUGGAUGAGUACUCGGUUCUCCAUGCUUUCCUCAAGGAGCCCCGGAUCCUCGGAUUCCUGGGCGUCCUGGCCUGCGUGGCCGCCUCGGUUUCGGCCUUCGCCUUCGUCCAUUGGCCGGAUCCCUGGCUGAUUGCUGGUACCGGGGUGAUGGGGGUGCCGUGGGCCAUCGAGUAUCUGCUCCAUCGAAACGUUUUGCCUCUGGGCCUCUACCAUGGAUUCUUGGGCACGCUCUUCUACUUCUGGAGCGCCUUUGGCCUGGCGAGCUCCGGGAGGCUCAAUCGCUUCGACGAGGCUUGCCUCACGCCCAACGUGGAGCGGAUCUUCAUCGACGGCGACUGCGUUCCCCCCAGUUUCUUCCCCUACAUCCGGGCUCUGCGCAACCAAUCGGAGCUGGCAGUGUUCGCUGCGAUCAAGGGCAGCUCGGCUACGGCGAGGGUGGAGGCGCCCGCUUCACGUGAACACCGCCUCCGAAGCGAACUUGUGAACUGCGGUAUCGAAGAAUCCCGGCUGCUCCUUCUGCCCACGGCGACCGGUGCGGAGAAUGCUGCGGAUGUGCUACUCACCUACCUUUUUGGCCGCUAUGCGGGCACGAAGAACUACCUUGUCUCGGACGACCGCAAGUGGUUCCAGGAGGUGGUGCGUGCCGAGCCCUGGCGAUGCACCAUUUGGAUCACCAGCGACCGGCUUCUCGCAAUCGAGGAGGCCAAGAGCCCGUUCUGGCUAAGUGAAACAGUGAAGCGGCAGCCUGCGAAAGCCGAGGCCGAGAUCGCCCGCCUCAGUGAGACCACCAAAGCGGCAGCGGCCGAGGUCUCCCGACUGCGGGCUCAAGCGGCCGAUAAGGAGUUCGAGGCCUCCCAGCUAGAGAAGCAGAUCCGCCGCCUGGAGCGCCGCAUUGCCGCCUUCGACAGCCCGGGCACUUCCAUUGCGCGAGGCUUCCUGAACACCAAAGGCAAGGCCGCCGGCGAGCCGCAGGCGCCUUCGGCCGCCGCGGCCCGGCCAGCCCCUGAGCGCCUGCGGCCGCGUGCCGGGACCAUCAUCGAUGCCGCAACCGGUCUUGAGUUGAACCCCUUGACCUUCUGGAGCGAGGACAAGGAGCCGUCGAACCUUCUCCUCCGUGGCAAUGGUCCCGAGGCCUCGCUAAUGGCGGCGAUGCGCUCGCCGCCGGAGACCAACGACGCGUUCGACACCGCGAAGUACUCGCAGCUCCUAGCUGCCGGACGCCGCGAGGAAGCCGAGGCCAUGAUCCAGGCGGAGGGCGGGCCCACCCUGACGCAGAUGCAGCGCGAGCCGCUGGCGCUGCUGAGGAAGCACGCCAGCCUCGAUCCGAAUUGGGUCGACCGCAGCUACCACGAUUGCUCCCUGCUGCAGUGGGCUUGCUGCAUGGGCUAUGAUGAGGUCGCCUCCGAGCUGCUUGCGCGCGGGGCCGACCCAAGCCACGUGGGUGCCAAGGGCGUGUCCUGCCUCGCGGCCGCCUGUGCACACAGUUCCGUCGGCUGUGCUGAGCUUCUGCUGGAGGCGCGGUGCAAUGCGGACGAGGUGCGGGUAACAGGUGCCCGAAGUUGGGUCAUGCUGGCUGUUUCCUGA